UGUUUAGUUUAAAUGUGGCGGCAAAACCAACUAACCAUAUACUCAAUUUCCACAAAUAAUCAUAAACUCAUAACAAUAAACAACCCAAUAUCCUUUUGAAGAAGCAGCAAGUUAGCAAAAAAUAUGUUAUCCCUCCAUCUGCCACACACACCUCCUUUAACUCUCCUAAAAUCCAACCAUAAAAAACCCACAAAUCACCUCUUCUUACACUUCAAUCCUAAUCUGUCUUCUUCUUCUACUACCAAAUUCAACAAUAAGUUGCCUUUCGUCGCGGCCUCGGCUGCCUCCACUGCCUCCCAAGUGGCUGAGGAGGCGGUGGGGCUUCCACCGGGGCUGCGGCGAGAAGCGAUGCCGCUACAUGUGGCGGUGAUCAUGGAUGGCAAUGUGAGGUGGGCAAAGCAAAGAGGAUUGCCUGGUGGUGCAGGACAUGAAGCAGGGGUGAGAUCAUUGAGGCAAAUGGUGGAGUUAUGUCUAAAAUGGGGUAUCAAAGUUCUCACUGUUUUUGCCUUCUCUUAUGACAAUUGGGUUCGCCCACAAGUGGAGGUUGAUUUUUUGAUGAGCUUGUUUGAGAGAGGAAUUAAAUCAGAAUUAGACAAGUUUAUCAAGCAAGGAAUCCGAAUAUCAGUAAUUGGAGACACUUCAAAGCUGCCUAAAUCCUUACAGAAAUUGAUAGCUGACGCUGAAGAGACCACAAAAGACUUCACAAACUUCCAACUAAUUGUGGCAGUUAGUUACAGUGGUAAAUACGACAUCAUACAAGCAUGUAAGAACAUCGCGCAGAAGGUGAAAGAUGGUGUCGUAGAAGUGGAUGGAAUCGACGAAGGAUUGAUCGAACAAGAACUCGAGACUAACUGUACUGAGUAUCCUUAUCCUGACUUGUUAAUAAGAACUAGUGGUGAGCUUAGAGUCAGUAACUUCUUGCUUUGGCAAUUGGCGUACACUGAGCUGUUUUUUGUAAGAGCUCUUUGGCCUGAUUUCGGAGAAGAGGAGUUUGUGGAGGCCUUGAGAUCGUACCAACAAAGGAAUAGACGUUAUGGUGGGCGAGAUACUCAAGAAUCAAGUGCUACUAAUCGGUAAAACAUUAAGAGAAAUUUACUUGUGGAAAUAAGUGCGCAGGAGAUUGUUAAACAGACAGACAGGGUACAGUAUUCAUCCUACACUCGGGUAUAAUUUUACUGUCUUCUUAAUUUCUCCACAGUCCACGCUACGUACUAAUGUGCAUACCAGAUGAUGGUGGAGAAUGUGAGACGAAGUGAAAGUAUACUUGGAUGUAGGAUUAAAGUCAUACUCAUAUACUAUGGGAGGAUAUAAUAAACAAAUUCAUAAGUACCUUUUGCUGUAAAAUGCUACUAUACAUGUAACAUGUCUCAUCCUAAAGGAGAAUUCUUAUGUAUACAAGACAUAAUAACAGGAAUUUUGAGAUUUUCAA